GUCGCGUCGACCUCUGCAACCGGUAAGUGGACGGAGCUUCAAUGGGCGACGUUACCCGGUUUUAAUCACAAUCACAAUCAUAUUUCAUCUGUUCUGUGAACAUACUUCUAUCGCAUGAUUUAAUUAUAUUCCAGACGAUCUGCUCAAGAGAUCCACUGAAUAUGUACGCCUGUGCAAAAUUCGUCUCUGCGCCUACUCUGGUCCGUUCUGGCUCCAGGGUGCUCUACAGGCCACUCUCUGCAUCCAUGCUGUCCCGACCUGAGGUGCAAACUGUACAGGACUCCCAGAUCCCCUUCAUCCAAGUAGCACUUAGGAACUUGCAGACCAGUGCUGUCAGCAGAGACAUUGACACCGCUGCUAAGUUCAUCGGCGCAGGAGCUGCCACCGUGGGUGUGGCUGGCUCAGGAGCCGGGAUUGGAACUGUGUUUGGCAGUCUCAUCAUUGGAUAUGCCAGAAACCCCUCUCUGAAGCAGCAGCUGUUUUCCUAUGCUAUCCUAGGAUUCGCUCUGUCUGAAGCCAUGGGUCUGUUCUGCCUCAUGGUGGCCUUCCUCAUUCUGUUUGCCAUGUGAAAUGUGCCCCAUCUGUGCUUUGUUCCAAACAACACGUGUAACUGCUGAUUUUGGGAUGGCUACCAAAAUUAUUUGCGGUCAUGUACAUUUAUAAUUUUUUUGUUGAACUGUCAAACAUGUAUUGAUGUAUACUACAGAAUCACAAUAAAAAUACUUGUAUUUGACAA